CCAAUCUUUAAUCCUUUAUCUUGAACCGUGCAUCGGACAAUAGACACAUGUCAUCUCACCUUUAAACUCGAGGAUAGUCCGCCACGGUCGUCCCUCGGCCGUCGCCGUCUCCGCCUCAAAACCAUGAAGGCAGUCGUGAUCACAGCACCGGGCGGGCCGGAAGUUCUGCAAAUCCAACAAGUGGAGGACCCGAAGAUGAAAGACGACGAGGUGCUGAUCAGAGUGGCGGCCACGGCACUCAACCGUGCCGACACCCUCCAGCGCCAAGGCAAAUACCCUCCUCCCAAGGGAGACAGCGAUUACCCUGGUCUUGAGUGCUCCGGCACCGUUGAAGCUGUCGGAAUAAAUGUCAGCAAGUGGAAGGUCGGUGACCAGGUAUGUGCUCUUGUUGGUGGCGGAGGCUAUGCUGAGAAAGUGGCUGUGCCAGCUGGACAGGUCCUUCCCGUUCCACGUGGUGUUUCAUUGCAAGAUGCAGCCAGUUUCCCUGAGGUUGCUUGUACUGUUUGGUCGACUGUCUUUAUGAUGAGCCGGCUAUCCUCUGGGGAAUCUUUCUUGAUACAUGGGGGCUCUAGUGGAAUAGGCACAUUUGCCAUUCAAAUGGCUAAGCACCUUGGAGUAAGAGUUUUUGUCACAGCAGGAAGUGAGGAAAAGCUUGCAGCUUGCAAGGACCUUGGAGCAGAUGUUUGCAUAAAUUACAAGACCGAAGACUUUGUUUCUCGUGUGAAGCAAGAAACCGGUGGAAAAGGUGUUGAUGUAAUAUUGGACAACAUUGGAGGGCCUUACCUCCAGAAAAACAUUGACAGCCUAAAUGUUGAUGGGAGAUUAUUCAUUAUUGGCUUCAUGGGAGGCACUGUUACACAGGUGAACCUUGCUGGUUUGCUUGCAAGACGCCUCACUGUCCAAGCUGCUGGGUUACGAAACCGGAGCGCGGAAAACAAAGCGUUGAUCGUGAGUGAAGUGGAGAAGAAUGUCUGGCCCGCGAUAGAAUCGGGGAAGGUCAAACCGGUGGUCAACUGGCGUUUCCCGUUGGCAGAAGCGGCAGAAGCCCACCGGCUCAUGGAGAGCAGCAACCACAUUGGCAAGAUUCUCCUUCUUGUUUGAAUUGAACCACAACAACUGAGUGCUUAGAAUACAUUAAUAAGUUGGCACUGUUUUUUAACGUGAAGCUGGAGAUUGCGAGAUCCCCAAUCCUUAAAGGGAAGAAUCAGAACUAAAACUUUUUUCGACGAGUACGGUUUUGGUUCGGUUCCAAUGUUCUACGAACGGUUCGGUUCCGGUUCAUUUAUUUUUUUAAAUAAUUAUGCCUAACAAACAGUUCUGGAUCCA